GUUUACAGUCGAAGAUAGCCUCACUGUUGUAAACAUGGCGGCCGCGGUGUGCAGAGUUCUGUCCUUCACUCGGAACGCGAAGGUUCUAGUUCAGCCCCUCAGGUUGACUGCCGUACCCGUUCACCGCUACAGCGUGGAGCUUUCAAGCACCGGAGAGCCUGUCACUCAUACCGGCCAGGUGUUCGAUGAACACGACCCCAGGAGAGCGAGAUUCGUUGGGAGACAGAAAGAGGUAAAUAAGAAUUUUGCCAUCGAGCUCGUGGCAGAAGAGCCGGUGACGCACAUCGAGUCCAGAGUGGUGUCUUGUGAUGGCGGUGGAGGAGCUCUUGGACACCCCAAAGUCUACAUCAAUUUGGACAAAGACACAAAGGUGGGCACGUGCGGCUACUGCGGCCUGCAGUUCAAGCAGAAGCACCACCACUGAAGCAUCCGCCCUGUAAUUUGCUUCUCUGUAUAAAAUAAAUUAUGUCGUCUGGUCAA